AUGGAGCCUCUGCCCUUUAGAACCAUGCUCAAUCCAGCCGCAAUGGCUCUUUCGGAUUCGUCAUCCGGGGAGCGGGAAGAUUCCCCUUCACCUGUAUUUACAACAGAGUGCCCUCUGGACUAUUGUAGCAGAACAAGCAUCCAGCUGUCCUUUUCCUCUUGUUCAUCAACAGCUGACUGCGCCAGAGCAGUUCCCCUCUUGAAACGUGCUUAUAAGGCAGUCUUUGGAAACAGGUACUUAGGGGAAUCAGAGAUGAUUCAAAAGUAUCUACUUUCUGACAGCUUACUGAUCUUACGCGAUAGGAACAGCAAAGAUGUUAAAGGAACAGUUCAAGAGACACAGCCACCUGACCUACAAGUCGCUGACGUCGAUGCUGAUAAAGGGCUCGAUGCUGAUAUCUACUCACACCGCACAUACAAGGACUUUCAUCUCAUCUUACAGACUAUUCAGGAAGGGCUUAGAAUGUAUGUCUCUGUCUCUGGAUCUGCACUCUAUGCCAGGCCCUACAGCGUUAUAUUAGAUGACCUGUUCCACCUUGCACAACUUCCACAGAAGACCGCCAACGGGUACAUAGACAGGCAGCUGCAAAAUAACAAGAAUGCUAUUAAGACUAUCAUUGCCGAUAUAUGUGCAUACAGGCGGGCACUUCUCGAUUGCUAUAAGCACAUUUCCAAGCUGCCGUUUGUGGUAGUCUUGGGAAGUAACUUUGAGGCGCUAUUUGGACAUUGUGAUGCACUGGGUAAGGAUGACUUCUGCAUGGUGUCGGGCUAUCCAGGCAUCAUCGAGGCCCUUGAACACACCCUCAGACAUCAAUCUUCUAAAGUAGGACAAGCGCUGAAAAAUAUAGAAGGUGAGCCUCGGUAUACCUCAUAUCACAUACAUCGUGAAGGGUCAUUCAUUUAUAUAGUUGGAAAUAUCACCCUGGUGACAAAUUUUUUCCUCUAUAGAAUUCCACUAAGUAUAGGGCUUCAUAGCGCUGAAAAGUCUCUCCCUCGGAUAUAUUCUAUGAGGUCGUUUGAAUGUAGCUUUCAGAAUACAAAUAUUGCAUGCACUGUCAAUGAGGAUGAUAGGCUUUUUUCCAUAGAUUGCUAUAUGCCAUUCUUUAGUGUGAAGCAGGUGGUUGAAGGGUUACAAAGGGCGAUGGCCGCUGCGUCGAGUGACUGUCAGUUACUUGUCGAGCUGAGUGCACCAACGCAACACAGUAGGAACUUCAACUACCCCAUCUUAGCCCGUGCAGAUGGAGCCUCUGAACCAUCUCAAAAGAAUAACACAUCGAAUAUACGUGGCUUUCUUAAGCAACUAUCUGUUGACGCCAAAGGCUUUAUGUCUUACUAUUAA